ACCAAAUUCCUAAUCUGUCCACCUGCUCUCAAGUGCUGCUCUGGAGCUGGCUAAUCCCUUGUUUCUCAAGGACAUUGGCCAUCACACAAAACGGAAGCUGAGCAUCAGCAAAGAAUCCAAAAUUAGUUAUGGGGGAUAUUGACACCCAAAGCCUUGAAGAGGAAACUGAUUUUGAAGGAUCUGCUACGAACACAGGGCCUAAAGGUGUCAUACAUGAUUGGAGGAAGUUCAAACUUGUUAGUGAAGACCAAGAAGCAAUACCUGCAAAUAAAAAAGAAAUCCUUCGACAAAUGUCUUCUCCGUACAAACCACCAAGCAAAGAAGAGAAGGACACAAGAGAAAAAUUCACUCGUAAGAUGAGUAUGCAAGAAUAUGAAUUAACGCAGGACAAAGAAGAUGAAAACUGUUUACAGAAAUACCGCAAGCAAUGUAUGCAGGACAUGCACCAGAGGCUGAGCUUUGGACCCAAAAAUGGGUACUUAUAUGAGCUAAAAAGUGGGGAUGAAUUUUUAGAAGCAAUAGAAAAGGAACGUAAGAUCACUACAGUUAUAGUUCAUAUUUUCUCUGAUGAGAUCAAGGCUUGUGAAUCACUGAAUAACUGUUUAACCUGUCUUGCGUUAGAGUAUCCAACAGUGAAGUUCUGUAAAAUAAAGUCAGCUGAUACAGGAGCUGGAGAAAGGUUUUCUAAAGAUGUCCUCCCUACCAUUUUAGUCUACAAGGCAGGUGAACUUAUCAGUAACUUCAUCAAUGUUACUGAAAAUCUCAGUGAGGAGUUUUUUGCUGUGGAUGUGGAGGCUUUUUUUAAUGAGUAUGGUCUUUUACCCGAGAAAGAAAUCCAAGGCCUCGUAUGUGAUGAUGGAGAAGGUGACAUUGAGUAACUGAAAAUUUUGCAAAUAUGUACCUUAAAAAAGUAUGUUUUUCCCCUCACAAUAAAUGGGAAUACAAUAGGAUAUUUUUGGAGUCGUCUGAAGCAUGUUAAUGGUUAUGUUAACCCAAUAACCAUGCUAUUAUUAUGUAUUUAGAUUGAAAUGAAUGUAAGGUUUUUAGAACUAUAUAUCCUAUAUAGAUUUACCAAUAAAACAUAUUAAAACAUUAA